AUGUCAAUAUACAACAACCGCUAUAUGAAGUCGUAUUGGACAAUAUUCAAAAAAAUUUAUGAAGAAUAUCAUCCAAAAUUGAACGAUAGUAUUCAACCAAUUUUCCAUUACUUAGCUUUUCAAGAAUAUGGAAUAGUUUUUAAUGAAAAUAAUAAAAAAUCUUUCCAAAAAUAUGAAUCUCAAAAUAUUACACUUGAUGUUCACGAAAAAUGUACAGUUUAUCAAGCAAUAAUGGAAGAUGAUACAAAUUUAUUUAUAUUGUUUACUGAAUCCGAAGAUUUUAAUCAAGAUCAAAGACUAGAAAAUGAUUUCUAUCCAGGUUACAAAGGUGGCCUUUCAUAUCUUGAAGCAUGCUGUUAUCAUGGAGCAAAAAAAUGUUUCAAGCUCUUAAGAUCAAAAUUUGAUUCAGAAAUUACCCAAAGAUGUCUUUGUCUUUCAUUUCUUGGCGGAAAUCAAGAAAUAAUGAGUGAAUGUUUAAAAGUUUUCAAACCAGAUAAAUGGUAUUGCAUGUGGUAUGCAAUUAUUUCACACAAUAUUGAUUUUGUUACUUAUUUGACGAAUGAAUAUGGUAUAAAAGUCAAUUUAGAGAAUUGUGGAAUCCAUAAAAAUUUUCAGGCAUUUUUUGUUUAUUUAGAUCAAACUAAUAAAAUCAACAAAUGCUUUGUUCAAUCCCCGUUAUUCAAUCUUCCAUAUCUUUGUGAAUUUCUUCUUUCUCAUGAUGCAGAUAUCAAUUCAAAAAGUAUAUCUGGAGGUACGACACUUCAUAACGCAAUCACUUUUUGCUGCAAAGAAUCGGCUAAGUUCCUAAUUUUUCAUGGCGCUGAUGUAAAUGCAAAAGAUAAAUAUUUGACAACUCCUCUUCACCUAACAUCUGAAUAUAAUAAUUUCGAAAUUGCAGAGCUGCUUAUUUCACAUGGUGCAGAUGUAAAUGCAAAAGAUGCACAGUUAACCACUCCACUUCAUUUGGCUUCACAAUAUAAUUGUUUUGAAAUUGUAAAAAUACUAUUAUUACAUGGUGCAGAUGUAAAUGCAAAAGAUAAAAAUGAGAAAACUACUCUUGAUUUUGCAGAAGAUAUUUAUUUAAAAAUUGCAGAUCUCCUUUCAUCUUAUGGUGCACUGAAGUCAACUUAG